GCCGAAAAUAAAGCGAAAGAGAAAAUAAUUUUUUAAAAACACAAAAAACACAAGUAAGCAGAGAUCAGAAUUGGAUUCAACCAAGACAUUACUAUGGUUAAAAAUGUAUAAGAAUAUAUGAAAAAUGAUAGUUACUGAAGCAUUUCACACAGGUUCUGAAGACACAUUCAAGAUGUAAUGCUCAAGAGGAAGAAAGGGGACCAACUUGGGAAAACAGAUUGCAAAGUAACGUCUGAAGACUAGCAGCUGUUGUUUAGUAUUUGACCUAAACAAAUAAAAUUUUAGGAAAAGGGACAGGAGGGAACUAGCACAGAAAUGAAUUCUCCAUGCAAGCCUUACCAAGAAGCGGACCAAAAAUUGGAGAAAGAUGACAGUGGAGUGUAUUCUUUAAAGGCACUCUCUGUAGAGGAAGUUCAAACGAGAGAAAAGGAGUGUUCUAUGAAGAGAGAUCAAGGAAUGGACGGUAAAGUUGACAGUGAAGAUAAUUCUCCCGUAACUCUUUUUGAUGAGGAAUGUCAAAGCCUACAAGAAAGUGUUAACCAUGGAAUGGAUUUUCCACAGAAGAUUUCUGAGACGGAAGAUCAAGAAAAGGAGAGAAAAGUCGAUAGUGGAAUUCAUUCUCCAAUGGGGGUAAAUGAGGAGGUUCAGGAAAUGAAAGAUUACGAUAACAAAGAAACAAUUUCUCUGAAAAAGAUUUCUGAGAAAGAAAAUGAAGAAAUUAAAGGAACCGUUGAUAGUGGGGUAGGUGAUGGGACUCCGGAAACAAAAGAUAACGAUAGUGAAGAAACUGAUUCUGUACAGGAAAUUUCCGAGAUGGAAAAUCCAGAAUUGGAGGGAGACGAUGACAGUAGAUUUUUUACUCCAAAGACUCCAUCUUGGGAAGCUUGUGGUGAUACUAAGGAACGGAAUUCUCCUCAGAGGCUCGAUAAAAAGAAGGAUAAAGACAAAGAGAGCGAUGAUGACAUAAGCGAGGAUGAGGUGUAUUCUCUUACGCAGCUUUUUAAGGAGGAUGUCCAAGAGUAUGAAGCAGUCGAUAAUAGAGAAAUGAAAUACCCAGAAAAGAUUCAGAUUCCCAAGAUGGACGAUAAAAGAUUGAUGAUCGGUGGGGAAUGGAAAGGAAAGCUCGAAAAGGGUGAUAACCAAGAAGUGUACCUGCUCACACAGUCAUCUAAAGAGGAAAGCCGUAAAAAGACAGAAGGUAUUGGUAGUGGAUUUUGGAAUAGUCCAGGGAUAGAUAGAAAGACCAAUCAAACAAAACGAGAUCCCGUACGGAAAAAUAUUUUUCAUUUGAACAAAACAACAGCUUCUACUCUUGAUCCCAUUCCAUCCUCCUUUUAUGUAGAGCUGAAAGAGUUAGUAUUACCAUCCUCAGAGGAAACACAAAAGCAGAUCAAGAAGUUGGCUUGUGGGUCUUGUAACAAGUAUUGCCUGUAUUGGAAUGUUUGUCCAUUUUGCGACAUAUUUCUUUGUGAUUUUUGCUUUAGUAUUAGCCAUCCUCCAAUAUUACAACACAAAAUCACCAGAUACAUAGCAUUUUCAGAAUUUGGAUGUCUUGCUCACAUUAGGAUUUCCAAAUAUUUUUGUUUGGAUUGCAUCAGACCCAGAUGUGAAGACUGUAAAAAGGAAAGGUGCAGGGGACACUAUCUGAUUACAAGAGAUUUUAAAGACAACAUUGAUCAUGGAAAGGUAAAGGAAGGAAAUAUUUUGGAGAGAAAAAGAACAGAGAAGCAGGCUUUGACCACACAACCGUUUAAAAGCGCUUCUUCUGGAACCAAGCCUUGUUGUAAAUACUGCCACCUCUCCCAAGAACAGUAUAAUCUAUGCAAAGACUGUAUGGAGUUUUUCUGCGAUUUUUGUCUAGCUUUGUAUCAUCCUAAAGGUCAUACAAUAUGCAAAGAUGUAUCAUUUAGUCAGUUUGCCUGUGCAAAACACAAAAUCGUUUAUCGUUACUUUUGUGACCAGUGUAAAAUGAUGAGGUGCGAUGAAUGUUUAGUUUUGGAAAUGCUUUGUUCCGAGCACGCAAGUAGCCUUCACAAAUUGGAGGACCACAUGACAUUUGAACAGAAAGACGCCGAUGGAUGCAAAGAAAACGGAUGUAGUAAUAUUAUGAACAACAUUGAAACUAAGUUAGAUAUAGGGGCGUCAGGCGAUGACAGUACUUUAUGCAGAAAAGAAACCGUUCGGCCCAAGUACAAUUCAGAUGAAAAAGAAUAUGAAUCCGAUGGAUAUGGAAACAGAAUUCGGAACUUCGAACUGGUACCAUAUCAGAGAUGGCGUAGGAAUUUAAGCGGUGACCUCGACCUAAUUCGUUCUGAAAUGUCUGGAAGUAGAAUUAGAACCAGAAUUGAAAAAGUCGAAUUAAAUCGUUCGGAAGACCGUACAAAUGGAAACAUAAAGUCGGAUGAAUGUACCCGAGCAAACGAAAUCCAAUCCACGCAAAUAAAAAAUACUACUAAAAAAAUCCGACAAACUUUACAACAAACUGCCGAAGAAAAAUGUAGUGUUGAUCAUUUCUGUAAAUUUUGUGGAUUAAAAUCUGAACUGUACAAUAUUUGUGAAGACUGCAUGAUUUACUUCUGUGAAACAUGUUGUACCCGCUAUCAUCCGAGCCACCACAGGAUUUGUAGAUCAAAACCAUUCAGUUUCUUUGGUUGCUCCGAACACAUGAAUAUUUGCAUUUACUUUUGUGACAACUGCAAUGCAAUGAGAUGCGAUGACUGCAUUUUGAUGAAUGGAAAGUGCUCUGAUCAUAAAAUCACAAGAUUGCUAAAAUAUGUCUUAAAAGAGAAGGAAGGGUUUGACAGUGAAAUGCAGAAUUUCUUCAACAACAGCUCUCGGACCAUCAAUAUUCUAUCGGAGCAACUUGACGGAGCCGAAAACUCAACAUUGAUGACAAAACUUCAAAAUGAGGAGACAUUAAGACAAGAGUUUGCCUCGCUUCGGUUUUUGAUCACCGAAAAAGAACAACAGAUGUGGAGUGAUCUAAAGCAGGAAUACAAAUUGCAAAGAAGAAAGAUUCGUCAACAACGAAGAGAGAUUGGCUUAUACGUAAAGGAAGAUAGCAAACUUUUUUCGAAGUCCGUGACCAGCCUAGGGACUUCGUCGUUGCUUAAUUUUCACUCAGACGCACAAGAAAUAAGGGAAAGACUAAAUAGACUCAAAAGACGAUUGGAAGGGCUUCAGAGUCCUGAAGACAUUGUGGAACCACCUCUUGCAUCCAAAUUCUCUCUGUGUAGGACAAAACAGGAGUUGUUAAAGUCCUUAAGACUUCCAAAGCCAGAGGAACUCGAAAUCUCGUGCUUGGAUCAUACUGUGUAUUUCGAAGACCCCACAAAACCUCUACGUGUUAAAGAUUUGGUUACCAUGCCAGACUCUACAUUAUCAAGCUUUUAUAUGAUGCGCGUUGAAAUUCGGAAGACUGUUAAGGAAGUUAUCUGGCAAUCUGAUUGUUGCAAUGUUGAUGAUUACAUAGCAAAUGUUGAAGGAAGAAUUGCGUUCGAAUCAAAAAGCCGUUACGUAAUAAAGAUAUAUCUUGAUAUGACAAUUUUCGAGUCUACGACUAACUUUUCCCGACGAACUACCAAACCAAAACACAUCCUGCUGGUAACAGGCCAAUCAAUGGACACAACCGAUGAAUUAAGCCACCUUUCAAGUAAUAUCAUUGGUCUUCAUAUCGAAGAUAAAGAAAAGGAACGCAUGCAACUCCGGCUUCUUUGGAUGUUAAACAGACCUAGUGUUAACACGCUUGUACAUGUACCAAUCAACAAAGAAAUUAUAAGUUUUGAGGAGAGAAGAUAUUUCGGCCAAACAUGGAAAGCUCUGAGAACUGUUGAAAACUUAAUUCUGUGUCAGUAG